CUCUGCAAGAGCGUUGUACAUUCAAAUCAUCAAGUGUCUGCAGGGAGGUGUGAAGCCUGACGCGACUCUACAGGCUAGACUGGCGAAACUCCACGAGAUGGGGAGCGCCAGCACGACAGAUGCGGCGGCCGAGUAUGCCAGGCAGACCAGAGAGCGCGACGAGCUCAUCCAGCGAGCGACGGCGCGGUCCAACGUUGCCAUCCACAACGCCGCCGCGCUCAACUCCACGGGGUCAUACCUGCCCGCUAUGUCGACGGCAAGCAAGACCAACGGCAUGACCAACACCGCAGCGAGUACUCCCGGCUCGCCCGCAAGGACUCCCCAGGGCCGGUUCAGCGCUAGGAUGAAUCCCCUCGGCGGUAUCAUGGCGUCUUCCAUGAUGCCACGUCACUCCGUGUCAAGCCAGCUACCAUACCGCCCAGCCGCGAUGGAGCCAGGACCACCAAAGCCAGAGACCAAACCAGGACCUUCACCAUCUUCCAGUCCUUCCCCCGAUACUGAUGGUGCGCUGAAGGGU